AUGCAUUAUCUGCAAAAACCUCUAAAAUUACUCUUUCUCAAAAUAAUUUAUAUUUCCUCAAAGAGGGAAGAAAUGAAGGAGUCACUAAUUACACAACCUAAAAUCACAUUAAUCCCUCUCACCACUUGUGUGCUUUGGCAUUUAACAACAACUUUCAUUAAGGCUUUCUUACGCCUACGCGGUGUAAUGCAGUGCUCAUUUGGAGAGGACACCUCCGUAAAACGUAAACGUUGCAAAACGCUUCUUAAAAAAAUCGUUGUGGUGUGCUUUCAGUUAAGAAAGUGUGCUGUUUGGCAUAGCUCAAAUGGAUUAAGAAUUUCUAGAAAAACACCAAAAUUAGUUGCCGAUUUGGCAGAAAUCAUGCUUUUUGCACUGAGGAGGACUUCGAAUAAAGUAAAUAAAACAAGUUUACUUAUUUGGGCAAAUAAAAUAAAAAUAAAAAAAGCGAAAUUCGGAACGUGGAACUUGGCUUCAGGCAAUAAGAGCGUUACACUUCAUGAAGACUCAAAGAAUUCAAUUUCUGAAAGAAAAUUGUUUAUUUUGUAUCCAGCUGUUGGUGUUACUGAGCCAACCAAGCUGGCUUCAUGUGUUCCCAUAUUUUAUACAAGAAAUGUCUCUACCACCUUCUUUUUCCAGCUUUUAGUGGACUCUUCAGUACAAUUACUAGCUUGGGAACACUGCGAAUUUUCUCAUGAUAAUUACAACGACUUUGACAAAAUAAGCAUAAUAAAAUUGCCCCAGAGCAGUUAUACGAACCAAUGA